CAUAACAGAUACGUGCCAUUUUGUUAUGUCUUUGAGCCGCGUCGUUACUCGUCGUUACUUUUUUAGGGACUCGGUUGUGUUCUGCGGUAGGCUACUUGCAUUGAGGAAGCACUGUGGUCCAAGAGCUAAGCUUUACACUUCCUCGUUCUCAUCAUUAUUGGGGUCUACAUCAUGGUCUACAUGCAGAGCUCAACUCAACAUUAUACCAGCCUCGUAGUGGUGAUGUGAUUGAUUUAGUUGUUGUUUUAACUAUUCACCUUACGGUUCUCUUCUGAGUGAUGUGCUGCAAUUCAACUUCAGAAAAAAUAUGGUGAAAUUCGUUUGCUGAUGGAUUUUUUUUCCAUAGGCUUGAAGAAAUUAUAGUUUGCACAACAUCCGCAGGUUGAUAGCUGUAAGGCUCGAAGAAUGCCUCGUUCUUUCCUGGUGAAGCGAAGGGACCCUAACCACCAGCGGGCCACUUUGAGAAGCUCUGGCCAGAGCAGUGCUGUCAUGACACUGUGCGAGUUGCGACAACCUAGGCGGCCCUGGGACAGCGCCUUGGAAAGCUCCUCAACAAUAAUACACAGAGAUCACACUGGGAUCUGCUCCUCCUUGCUGCCAAAGCCCCACACUGCGUUACAGCCACUCGGCUCCAAGACAUCCAAUACUGACACCUGCAGUUCUGACAGUAGAUAUGAUUCAACUUCUGAUGGGAGUAACAGAUUAGCCCCGACCUCGCCAAUGGGGAAAACCUUUAGUUGUACAGUGUGCGGAAAGGUCUUCAAGCGUUCCUCCACUCUGUCCACGCAUCUGCUCAUCCACUCCGACGUCAGGCCCUACCCCUGCCAGUACUGUGGGAAGCGCUUCCACCAGAAGUCGGACAUGAAGAAGCACACCUUCGUCCACACUGGUGAGAAGCCGCAUGUAUGCCGUGUGUGUGGCAAGGCGUUUAGCCAGAGUUCCAACCUCAUCACGCACUGUCGCAAACACAACUGGGAGUGGCCCUACCAUUGCCCGUGCUGUACCUUUGGCUUCCAGACCAAGCUAGCGCUGAGACAGCACUGCUGCUCCCUUCGCUACAAGGGAAGACUAACUGACUGACUAACUCGCAGGAGGGAAGGUCGGUCAGGCAGGAAGGGGGAUUAGCAUGCUAUGAAUUGUAUUAGAAGUCAAGGGGAUCUUGCUCCAAAGGCCAACUGAAGCCAUACCACGAUAGUAGGCUGCAGCAGGCCAAUGAAAUAUGCAGGGCAUAUCUUUUAAGCACGUAAUUAUUGUUGAUAGGAUCGAAUGUUGGGCCUUGGAGGUUAUGGUACGAUUGCGCUCCGCUCGCACUAGUCAAUGUAGGAGUUAGUUAGACUCAUGAGGUUCAUAAGCCCAGGUUACACAUAUUUUCAUCUACAAGCAAUUUGUGACGCAUGGACUGUAUAAGUUACUAACAUAACAAUAUUUAUUUUUUCGAAACUUUAGUUUUUUGGUGUUUAACACAUUACCUUUUAAAUGUGGAUGAUGAUUGUUACUGAUUUUUUUUAUGAUCCGGGGUUGAAAUGCCUUUCAUUCUUUGUUCUGAAGCCCAGAAUUCAUCAAAUGAAAACGAUUGAGGCCAACAAGAAAUGAAAAACAUUAUUCUGUCUAUGUGCGGGAAACAAAACAUUAUUUCCAUUAUAUCUAACUACUGCUUACAUAUUUGACAUGUAUAGAUGCCUUGAUAUGUAUAUGAUUGAGAAAGUGACUCUUUCAUAUUUGUUCAUUAAAUUGAGGUCGCUUAAGAAUCAUUCUCAUACUACUUGCAAUGACUAAAGCUAUACCGUCCACUGACGUUUGUGAAAAAGGACCUUCUUCAGUUUACAAUAUAUAUUAUCUAUAAUUAUUAACUGGUCAGCUGUUUCACCACUGUGCUCUUGGGACAACAACGCUGGAACAGUCUUUUCCCGGGGUAUUUUCGUCCACUUUAUUGUAGGUGCGAACCUUCAGCUACUCCGGCUUUUUGGCUGCGAUGUCUCCUGCAGAGUCAUACACAAAUCACAAACGACUUACCCUAUUUAAAUGGACAGGGUAGUUUUAGACUUAAAAAAAAAAAAAGACUGUAGGUAAUCCUAUCCAGUAGCCACUGUUAAAGUUAUAAUGUAUAAGCUUCAUAACAAACCCUUAAGCUGCUGUUCUUAAGUCAAGUGAGAUAAAUGUUUCUGCAAAUUUCGGAUUAACCAACCAAGAUUUGAGUGGCUUGGUCCAGGUGAGGGGACUCUUGCUGUCCCAUUUCCUAAGGGUGUGUUUCUACCACUGUCCGGUGGUAGAUCGACUGAUCGAUCUGAUCUUUUCUUAUUCUCUCAGAAACCUCAUCGGCGAGAAAAUUUCAUACUAUGUUUUCCUAAAACAUGGUCUAAUGUUAACUUAAACCCGCACUUUGUAAGUCUUCCCUAUAUAAACAUCUAGUGGGUAUUAGCAGUGGCGGGCCGUACUAUUAGGCAAACCAGGCAUUUGCCUGGAGCCCCGGGCCCCAUAGAAGGUUUUUGGGGCCCCCAAUUUUUUUUUUUUUUUACCUUUAUUUUUCCAGAUAAAACAUUAAGAACAGUUUCUUAUUUACAAUAUUGAUCUGGUCAAGAGGGCCCCAAUGCAUAUAUUUUGUCCCCAUAUUUAUUAUUUUUAUAAAAAUCUCUUCACAAUAGUAGCAUCGGGAUGUCUAAUUACUCAUGUUUUGACGAUCUUUCCGUGUGCACCCCCCUUCAGUCUGCACUACAUGGGUAUUCCAUGUUACGCGCAUCACGCUCAUCACGCGUAUGCGGAAAUUAUGUCAAAUUCAAAACAGUAAGCGGAAAGAGAGAGAGAGAGAGAAAUCGAGUGAGACAUAAAUCGAGUGAAACAUGAAGCGAUCGUACGAAAGCGGGAUCAAAUAAAAAGAAGAAGAAAGACCAAAGGCAGGACUUUCUUUCAAAGCUGCCAAAGCUAUCCAGCUGUUUUACAGCCACCGCAGUGGCAGCGGGACCGUCGGCGGAUCAAGAGCAGCCGUCAACGUCGUUUGCUGUCACGUUACUGCUCCUUUCAUUCCAAGUGGCUCUGGCUCAGCCAGCAGCGAUGCUAAUGACGUGUGUCAACAAACUGACGGAGAUGAUGCACAACUGGUAGUGAAUAUUUCUCACUCUCCUUCUUCCACUUUGGUUAUUGAAAUUGAUGACAAUAACGAUAACAAUGACUGCGAGACACAUAUUCUUGUGGAUGACCCAGCACUCUGGCCCAAGCUGCUGUGUCUUGGGCAGGUGCACACAUAUUCUUGUGGAUGACCAAGCACUCUGGCCCAAGGGCCGCAGAUUCACAAAAGCAUACUAUUACAUAGUAAUGAAAAAUGGUGAGAGGGUGAACAGGUCUUGGUUAGUCUACAGUGAGAGACCGUGCAGACCGUGUUUUUUGCUUUUGUUGUUGCCUUUCUGGAAAACAAAAAAAACUGAGUGAGGAAGGAUUUAAAGGCUAGAAUAACCUCGCAAUGCAUCUAAUCAACCAUGAAAGGUCUGAAGAGCACAGGAAAUAUAGUGAUAGCUGGAAGCAGCUAUCAGUGGGUUUCCAGUAGUGGUUUCUGGAAACCCUCAGGUAAAUGAGGACUUAAGGUUAACAGUCAGUGUAAUGUGUCAACAUAACUAAUCUUAUUGUUUUGUAUGUUAUUUUCAAUUUGUAAAUAGAUAAUUAACAUUUGCAUGAAAGAAGGAUAGUGACUUUUGUUCAUCCCUUGUAUGGAGUAUCUCAUUAUGCGAUAUAAGGUACUGAGACCGGUAGAUGCAGGGGCCCCCAAAUGACUGUUUGCCUGGAGCACCCAAAGGGCUAAGUUCGCCACUGGGUAUUAGGGUUAGAGUUCUAUCCGGGGUUGUAUUAAAAACGAGUAACAAAAUAUUGUAGUGAGGAAAUAUUGGCCAUGGGGUGGCACUGUUACACUGAAACAACUUAGAAGUAGCCUACAACGUUUUGCCUCCCAAAUGGACCAGAUCUAUUGCCAUCACUCAUGAUUGAGGAGCUUGAGUAAAUCGACGGUAGGCUAUUAAUAUCUGCUAUGAUCCAAAGUAUCACCGGAGUCGUAUAUUUCCCAGAUCUCAUCAUCGUGGCGCGGUGUUUCCACCGUCAUGCCUCGUUACUACCGGUAAUAAUCUAGGCCUCAAUUUCCCUAGACGUGUCAUUCGUUAAAUUCAUAAAGACAUUAUGGUUCAAGUGAACCAGACUUUUCCUAUGAAAUACAAAUUAUUACCUUCGUCUGCCAUUUAUGCACUUCAAGUUUUCAAACCUCUCCGCAUGCUUUAUAGUGUCAGCCUUCCUCUUUUCCGCAUCAAUUCUCCCUGAUCGACUACCCUAACGUAAAUUAUUUUUGACCAUUAAAAAGAAGCUUAAAACGAAGACACAAAAUGCUAGCAAUUGAAUGGAAAACAUAGUCCAUGACCAUGGAU